GCAUCUGGGAAACUGUCGGGAUGCAGCAGAGCCGAGCGGCCGGACGCCGUGGCUGCGCUCUCUUUCUACUGCUGGGCAUCCUGCUCUUCCACGGUGUUUACAUAGUGCUUUCCUUGGAGAUUAAAACAGAUGCCCAUGUCCGGGGUUAUGUGGGAGAAAAGAUCAAGCUGAAAUGCAUCUUCACAUCGACUUCAGAUGUCACUGACAAACUCACCAUAGACUGGACAUACCGGUCUACCAGCAGCAGUCGCAUGGAAUCAAUUUUUCAUUACCAGUCUUUUACAUACCCAACCACAUCAGGCAGAUUUCGGGAUCGAAUUUCCUGGGUUGGAGAUGUAUACAAAGGGGAUGCAUCAAUUAGCAUAAGCAACCCUACCAUGAAGGACAAUGGGACAUUCAGCUGUGCUGUGAAGAAUCCCCCAGAUGUACAUCAUAACAUUCCCACGACAGAGCUAACAGUCACAGAAAGGAGUUUUGGCACCAUGCUGUCCUCAGUGGCCCUGCUUUCCAUCCUGGUCUUCAUUCCCUCAGCUGUGGUAGUUGUGCUACUGCUGGUGAGAAUGGGGAGAAAGUCUGCAGGGCUGAAGAAGAGAAACAAAUGUGGCUACAAAAAGUCAUCUAUUGAGGUUUCUGAUGACACUGACCAGGAAGAAGGCUGUGACUGCCUGGGGAGGCUUUGCAUCCGUUGUGCUGAAUGCCUGGAUUCAGACUAUGAAGACACAUAUUAA